GGGCCGAUAUUCAGGACGAGGAGGGCGAGUUGUUUGAGGCGAGCGAUCUCGAAGCGCUCUUCCGCCCGAGCCCUCCCUCGCGGCCCGGCCAGGUGCAGAAGCCGCCGCUCGAGCCCUUGGUGCGUGCUGGACAGCGAAAAGUGAAGGUGCCCCAGCACUGCGUGGGCAGGAUUCUGGGCAAGAUGGGCGCGACGAUCAAAAAGAUCCAGGAAGCCUCCAACACCUACAUCAAGGUGAAUCAGGACACAAAGGAAGCUGGCUACAGCUAUGCCAUCGUCACCAGCAAAAAGAACCUUGAGGUGGAGCUUGACACUGCCCAGCGCUUGCUCAAGGAGAAAAUCGCCGGAGGGCCAAACUGGUCCUCUGAUUCGACGAGGAGCAGACGCCCUACCUGGGAGCUCCGCUUCGCCGUCACUGCUCCCAAGUUCCAGAGAGACGUUGAUUCUCAAUGCUGCUGCUCAAGAUGGACUCCAGUACUUCUUGGUCGCGAUUGGGGAGCACCCAUGGCUCCAUAG